AUGAAAUGGUGCUCCACCUAUCAGGCUAAGGACACGGGAAAGGAGAAACGCAAGCAAGUGUACUCAGUCGAUGGUGAAGCUGAUGGGGGAGAACCAGAGGAUCGACCAGUUGGGGUGAAGGCUGCUAAAGCAGCUAGCAAGAAGAAGAAAACCGGGAAAGAAGAGGACUUGUCUGUGUUACAGUCCAUGUUCGAAAUAAAAGAAAAAAUUGCAAACCGUAAAGUCCUCGAGCGCUUACUAGCCAAAAAGGAGCCACUGUCUGAGAUGGAAACAUCUCUCAAAAACAAGCUUAUGUCAGAGAUGUUAUGA